UCUGGUUGUCUCCGUUGUUUCCAAGCGGCGCUAGGGAAGCUAGCGCAAGCGGCGCGCAGCCAAGCGCAGCGUCGGCAGGUGUCGCCGUCUACAGAAAGAUGGGAACAUGGCGGCUACGCUCUCCGACGAUGAGUUCCAACGCUUGCAAACGCAGUUGCUCGAUCUGCGGAGUAGGAACUACAACUUGGACGAACACUGCAAGCGCCAGAGCCAAGAAAUUCUAGCUCUCCGACAUAGUCUCGAUGAGCACAAGAAGGAGCUGUCAAAGGCUAACUCGGCUCUCAGCCGAAGCAAGAAAGCCAAGGAGGUGGAAAAGCUGAUGGUGGACAAUGAAGUGCUUCAGCGCAAACUACAGAGCCAGGAGGAUGAGUUCAGGCUGCAGAACCAGACACUUAUGCAGGAGUUGUCUGUUACGGUCACUGCAAAUGAGGCUCUGGAAAGGAAACUGGAGGAGCUGCAGGGUGUGCGGCCGCCCAAGAGAAGUCCCGAGCCAUGUGACCAAAAGUCCCUCGACGAGAUACGCCGCCUUCAGGCAGAAAAUCUGGCCCUACAGAAGUCGCUCGCAGAACUUCGAGGAAGCACAAAUGGGCUUCUACCUGCGCCCGAUCACCCGCUUAUGGUUGACGGUGAAGACGGCCUGUCCGAAGAAGUCGACCAGAGGGCGCUGGAUGCUAAACUUCGACUUAACAUUGAGAUAGAAGAGAAGAACAUGCUUAGGAAACAAUUGUCCGAGAUAGAGGAAAAAUUAAAGGAAGUGACCGAGAAUAUGGAAGACGAGAAUGAAAAAUUGAUGGAGAAAUUAAAACGGAAGCAUGAAAGCUUCCUUCAGAUCCAGCAAGAAAAGGACAAGGUGUUUGCAGACAGCAAGAAGGCUUUGGAGACAAUGCAGGUGACCAAGGACCGAGAGAUCCAGCAGCUGAAGGAGAUGACUCAGCGCCUCCAGAGCCAGCUGAACAGUGCCUUAGUCUCCCAGCAGGAUCACCAGACUGUUAGCACCACGACCAUUCAGCAGCUCGAGGAGACCAUCACUGAACUUGAGACUAAGUUGAACAAUGCAUCCCCGGAACGCCUGCAACAAGCCCUUGCUGAGAAGGCGUCCUUGGAGAUGCUCCUUCGAGAAACCACCGAGAAGUGCGAACAGGCCGAAGCACAGGUUCAGAGCCUUCUUAAAAUGAAUGAGGAGAUGGGGUCCAAGAUAACUGCCAUGCAAAAUACUAUUGAUGGUUUGGAGGAUGCGUCGCGGAGCAGUGCCAUGGCAGCCUCAGAGGCCAACAAGGUUGCUGAGAAACGCAAGGCCCUGGUGGAGGAGAUGGGCGCCCACCUGCUUGAAGAGGAGGCCAAGCACCGACAGGCCGUGCAGGAACUGGAGCUCCACUUCCAGGAGAAGCUCAACCAGCUCAACGAGGCCUUGCUAGUUGAACAGGAACGCUCAGCAAAGGCAGCUGAGAAUGAGGCAGCCCUGGCAAUGUACAAACGGUUGCUGCCUUCGCUCAAGGAAGAGGUUGUACAGCUGCGGGCUGAGGCACAGGCACGCGUGGAUGAGCUGCAGGCGGCCAUUGAGACGUCUCGGCAAGAGCUAGACGAGUGCCGAGCACGCCUGUCCCAGGACUACAGCAAGCUCAAGGAGCAGUUGGACGAUGCGAUCAGGGACUUGACCAUCCAGCUGGAGAUCUCAAACAGCCAAAAGUGUGAGUUUGAGGAAGAAGUGAAAAGGCUGAAGCAAGAAAUAAGGGAUAGCGUGGAGGAGCGCAAAAUUCAAGACAAGAAGGGCCUGUCAAUGGUGAAGGAGCUGAAGAGGCAGCUUCAAACAGAGCGGAAGCGAGCUGACAAACUGCAAGAGAGGCUACAGGAAAUUCUCAACGAUUCCAGCCUGGGACGAUCUGAUGACCUGUUCCAGCCAAUCAGCUGUGAGGAGCGACAGCGAGGGGACUCGAGCAGCAUUGGCUCCUGGAGCUACGUGUCUGCCAACAAUGAGAACUCCAAGGACAGCACCAACAACAAUAGCAACGGAGCAUUGUCUUUGAAUGGAGAGCAGGCUCCGCCGCCUCCCAACAAGGCGUCACCUGGCCUCCUGGAGCAGGAGAACAAUGACUUGGUCAGCCGGCUGGCGGCCCUGCAGGAGGAGAAGUGGAUCUUGGAGGAAAAGAUAAACCACCUUGAAGUGAGCAAUUCCUCCAUGGCUGAUGAUUUGGUCAACAAGACAGCCAUCAUCCAGUACUACUGCAUGGACAGCAAAUAUGAGCCAACCUCCGGUAGCCACCACCCGUCGUCCACAGAGAAGCUGACCGUCAAGCGACUAGUGGACUUCAUCAAAGACAAAGGGGAUGAGAACCUCAAAGAGAUAAACCGGCGCAUGCAGCGAAUGCUUGAGGAGACGCUGACCAAGAACAUGCAUUUGCAGAAGGACUUGGAGGUCAUUUCUCAAGAGUUGCACAAGCUGAGGCAAGCCGGCGGGCUGGCGGAGGCCACCCUCUGAACUUUUAUUCAAGCCCCUGUUUUGAAGGCCAUAAUCAAAACAGUGACCUUAUACAUAGUGUUAAUGGUUUUUGUAAAUAAGCUUUGUAAACAUGUCAGCUCUUUAAUAACUGAUGCAGGAAUAGAAUCCCUCUCCCUUCCCUUUUUUUUUUAAUAAGGCGAAGAGGUGUGAAGAUCGCAAGAGUCAGGUAAAGAGACCCUGGAGGUAGCACAUGCAGUUGAUAAUGAUAAUACUGCACAUUUCAAAGCAGGCCCCUUCUUGUUGGCAGUGUGAUUUCUGUAUCUGUUUUUAAUUUAGCAAGGUUCUUACAUGCAUUCUUAUGCUUUUUCCAGGCACCUAGAAGGCUUCCAUGACAGAAAUAACAUGUAUAGUCGGCCAAGAAAGGUUACGGGACACAGGUUCCAUGACAAAUGCGAAUUUUUGCUCUGCUAGGGCAUGGCCUUUGUAAUUUAAUGGAUGACUGUGGAGAUCACAAACCAUACUACAGAAUGAAAUUUUGAAGUUAUGGUUAUGUGCCCAAGAUUAGUGGGAAUUCUGAUUUUUCGCAAAUCCCAUGCCCUGUAAAUGUUUGUGGCCUACUGUACUUCCUGUGUAUUGUAAAAGUAUCUUUUGCCUGGAUCCUGCUGAAGGAACUUGUUAUAGAAGAACAUGGUGCAUUCUUUGUAGCUUGUGUCAGAGAUAUCGUGGUUUUUAAGUUUGUGUCUUUUCUCUGAUUUGGACCUUGAUGGCCAAACGUAGAAGAAAGCAAAAGUGCUGGAUGUUGCGAUAUGUAUAAUAUUGUAGUAAUUCUUUGGUGUGGGAGCUUUUGAAACUGUUGCACAGUACAGUCCUUGUUAAUUGCUGAAUGACGUUGCACAACCUGGUCUUGCAUUUGAUAGUAUGAGCUUAUCUCGGGCUAUCAGCAUGCAAAAUAUUUUGCUUCUUCAGGCACCUGGGCUUAAGUCGUGUACUAGUAGCACUUAAAUUUGGCACAUUGUCUUCCAUACACACAGCUUCUGUAAUCUUGCUGCUUAUAGCCAUGGUUCAUUUAUUCCAAUGCCGAUUCCUGGGCUUUUGCUUGAAACAGGCUGUGCACAUUUCAAGCUUUAGUCCAAAGCAUGAGAGCCCUACUAGGUCUGGAUGGCUGCAAGGGUUUGAUGAUCUAGCUCCACUGCAACACUGUAAGUGCUUCCGGUGACCAGCAAAUGAGUACGCCUUCAGCAGUUGAAGGUUCACUAUCUCACUGUUGACUCUUUUAAUCAAGCAUGGACUUACUAGGGCAUUUAGUAGAGGCAUAUACAGCAUAUUUCUGUUCAUUCGACUCCGUUUUAUUUGAUUUUUUGGUUCAUUUGAUCCCUAUUGAAGGUCCCGGCCGGUGCCCAUGCAUUUAUAUGGGGUCAAACUUUAUUUAUUUCGAUCCAAAUAUUUGCCUUUGCCGGAUAAUUUGAACUUGACCAGUCAUCAUUCACCUGCCUGACACCUGUGUUGACCCCAGUGGCAACCCCUUUCCUGGCAGUAUCUGUCUUGGCAGAGUUUAGGGGACAGUGAAUGCAUUGAACGUACAUCUUCCAUCGAAAACGUCAAUUUUCCGGCCUGCCAUGGAAAGAUUUUCAAGCAAUAACAGUAGCUCACAAUGCCUAAUUACGGUAUUUACCGGAUUCCAACGCGCGCCUAUUUUUUCCCCCCAAGAAAACCAAGCCAAAAACCACAAUUGUGGCGUUCCGAUGCUUUGCCGCUUAACACGGCUAUAGUGCGGCAAAACUAACUUUAAAAACUGUGCGGCGAAGCUGAUUUUAAGAAAUCGGCCGCUACUGUACAACACAUCUUAGACCCUUGCCCCCCCUUUUUUUUUGUUUCUAAAAAAUCGGGUACGCGUUAGGUUUAUGCUUUGUUUAUGAGCUUCAUUGUUAUCUUUACGUUGCUUUAGACGCAUAGAAAGCGGCCAUGCGUUUGAUACAGAGGCGUUUUAGAAUCGGGCAAAUACUGCCAACUGAAUCAAUGGUGUGUUUUGAAAUUUUUUCUGCAUCCUGUGUAAUUCGACCAACCAGAUGAUUCGAUUUGUCUCGUUGGUCCCGUCAGGGUCAAAUUAAUGGUAGUCGACUGUAUAGUUAAACCUCAUUAUAAUGAAGAUGCAUUGGACACGAAAAUAUCAUAUUUGAUAUUCACUAUAAUAUAUUCGUUACACAUUUAUAUUGGCAAGAAACAUGUUAUAUUUGUUAUAUCGUGUUUGUUGUACAUCAUAUUCAGCACCUGAAACAGAAGAUGAUUUCACCUUGAAGGAAUGCAACAUUUCCUGUGCAUAGUGCGGUUCAUUCAAGUUUGGCAGAUGCUUUUCUUGCUGUACGGUUGACUAAAAAGAGAAUAUAUGGAGAGAUGCCAAGCAUCAGCUUUUGGCAGCAUUCUUUAGCAGUAUUGUUGACUGCAUAUAGUGUUGGAUGUACUAAUGCUUUUCUGGUCCUGUGCUUGACUAGCAAGUGAAGUGGUCAUAUCUGAAAGAUUUGUUUCAAGGAUGCUCUAUUUAAUUAGCUGCAAUGAACCUCGGGUUUUUUUUUUUUUGUUUUUUUUUUAAAAGAUUGGUGUGGUGAAGAUGUUUCUAUAUCUUAGCGCGAUGAGUAUUAGGGAGCUUCACUCAAUCAUAUUUGAAAUUGGUACUGCAAGCAUGCCUCUGCACUCUUUGUUUCUUCCUAUGCACAUUUUGUACAGUGAACUAUUUCUUUUUGUCUUUGUGGCUAUCAUGUUUCAGGGUUUACACCCAUAACAUGCAGCUAUAUUUUGUACAUAAUUGUCUUCUGCGCAGGCGUCGAAACCUCAAAACAUAUAAAUGGUGACUUUAUUUUGUGCGAUAUUUGGUGCACUUCUUGUGCGGGGAAGUUUUUUGUACGUAUGUGUACACUACCUAGCAAGUGCAACAGUCGCUGCUAUCCCUUCUGUAAAUAUGCGGCUGUGCUCCAGCCUUUCGCAACAUUCAGUGCUGGUCACAGUUGUAUGGCGUGCGCAGUCUCUGUGCAUAGAUUGUGUAUGACAAGAAAAAUAAACUAAUCUAUUUCAAAGAAAUGCA